UUCCAAGAGCGGAUUGAAUAUAUAAAAAUGUUUAAGAUAUUAUUGCUUGCUGCACUCAGCAUCUUGACAUAUAAAAUCUCUAGUUGCGAUGUAAAUUCUCAUUUAUGUCGUCAGGUUGUUACUGUUAAUUAUACCAAAAUGGUUACUAGGCCCUUGGAGGACUUUGGAAAAUUUGCCAAAUAUUUCCAGCAAUUGGGUAUACCUACAGGAAAAAAGCUGCUGAACCUAACCAAAUUAGAAGAAAAAGAAGUGUGUUGUGCAGGCUUCGAAAAAUCCACCGACGAAAAAUGUGUGCCCAUCCAACCCACAACAACAUCGACUACAGAAACUAUCGAUUUAACCGAAUAUACGGAAUCAUCAUCUCCGAAAUCGGAUUCAUUUGGUCAAGGAAAUACGCACAGCUCGUUGACAGAAUUAAAUAAUAAGCACAAAACUCUCAUAUUGUCAAUUCUUAUUGGAACUGGUGCUCUAAUAAUUGUUUUAGCCUUUGUGAUUGCUCUACGUAUUCGCCAAAAACGACGACUUGCAUUAGGUAAUAACUGCCGCCAAGUAAAAUUUAAUGCAGAAAUGCAAACAGCUCUAUUAUAAAACAUAAGUUAGAUGUUCACAAAUAGAGAAUUUAAAUAUUAUAAACGAAAAAUGAAUUAUCAAUUUCAUGUAAAGCACCGUUCUUAUCAGUUUCAUUUAAGUGGAAAAGCCAUAUAUGUACAUAAGUGAAUUUCACAUUGAUAGGACGACAAGUACAAUAAUAAAAAGUAAGUUCAGUUGUAUUAUAAUGUGUACUUGCGGAGUGAUAAAAGCAAAGCAUUUGAUUGUCGUGACCGGAAUAGUUUUGUAAGUCGACCAAAGACAUAAAAUCGUAUUACUCAUUAAAAUGUCGUAUUAUUUUAUUUAUUUUGUACACCUUCAUAUUUAUAGAAUUUUCUGCACCUUAAUAUUUUUGAAAUUAUAUUAAAACCAACACCUGCAGCAAAUAUUGUAUU